AUGGUUUCAAUAAUUAUCUUAGGUUGGCGUAGAAGUAAAUGCGAAUACAGUCCAGAGAAGGGUAUUGGCGUUGGUGAUGAUGUACAUUCAUGUGCAUUUGAUGGUGCGCGGCUCAAGGUGUGGAAUGGCUCAGCAUGCCGAACAGUGAACAAUGAUUAUGGAGAAGCGUGGACAGCGAAUGACAUUGUCAGCUGUUUAUUCUCAUGGGAUGGCGAUGUAUCGUUUUGGUUAAACGGCGUGGAUCUUGGAGUUGCGUUUGAAAAUAUGAAUCCUGAACUGGACUACUACCCUGCUGUUUCUUUGGCAAUGGAUCAACAUUGCAGUUUUAAUUUUGGUGUUGAUAGACUAUUCAGGUAAUUGUCGCUUAUAGCUUCAACUUUCAACACAGACAAUGUCUCGAACGUAUAAGUAAUGAGGAAAUUAGCCAACCAUAUAUGUAGCGUUAUUUUGCUCACAAGGAGAUAUUGUAUACUCGCUGAAGUAUAUUAUUGAUCAUUCCUAGGACUGGAUCAAUUAAUUCACUUCACUUUAAGUAAUGCUUUAUGAGUACGGAAUGUAAUUUUGAAACCUCAAAUGGGGACUGGAUGAAUUUUAAGUCCGAGGAAUCAUUUCCAGUGCUCCACUCUUCCAACUGGAAGUAAAUGCUCGGGCCUGAAAUUCCGUGCACCGCUCUCGGAUUUGAAGAAUCAACCUCGUACCCAGGUUCUCAAUCUUCGCUCCUACUUCGCUUGAAUUGAGACCCUGGUAUCGGUUGGUCACGUGACCCGUCAUAUUUUGGCGGAUAAAGGAUAGUAACUGACAGAUUUUGUUUUGUAAUGUUAUUUUAACAAUAUUAAUAUUUACUACAAUAUCUACUUACUAUACUUUCCCUAAAACGAUUGAGCAAAUCCGCCAAAAUAUGACGGGUCACGUGACCAGCCGAUACCAGGGUCUCAAUUCAAGCGAAGUAGCAGCGAAGAUUGAGAACCCGGGUACGAGUUUUUUGAAGAAUAUAACAGAACCAUGUUUUGUGGAAAUCCAUCUCGACCGAAGCAUUUGUUUAUAAAUGAGUAAGAAUCCAAUUCAUUUUCUUAAAAGACGUAUUUGAAAAGGCGCGGAGUGGUGUGCACCCUUAUUGGAAUCCCGUCUUGUGCCAAUCGAAAAUACUACCAUCGUAGCCUGCGCACGGGACCUUGAAUUGGCAGGUGGGAUGGUAGAUCCGUCUCGCACUCGAAGAGUGGAGGUUCAAUCUGAGCUUUCCUUGAGUAUCAGUGCUGUUUUUGAAUACAUGUAGCUGGAAGGUUAGUCUCGUACCUUAUUAUGGAACUACUCACCCUCCAGCUAUUCAACAACAAUACUGACACGCAAGGGAAGUUCUGAUUUAACCUCCACUCUCUGAGUGUGAGUGAGCUUUUAGAAUACAGGCGCUAGUCUGUAUACAGCGCACCUCUGGAAAGUCAGCACCCAUGGGUAUAAGUUUAAAUUAUGUAUUACAAACCAUUUAUGUGCUCAUGACCUCACCGCGAACUUACUAUGUGAUAAACAUCCCAUGAAAUUAUGACCCCAACGUGCUUUAAAUACAGCCAAAGUUUUAUUGACCGUGACAGUUGUAUAUAUUUGUGUGAAUGCCUCUAUUUAAAGCAUGCUGAGCUCUUCUUUUCAUCAUAAGAAUACGUUUCCCACUAGGAAAAUCGCUCGUGAAUAAACGUGCCAUGCAGUUAGGGUUCUCUGACGUCUUUCCUUCUGCUCUAGGUAUAACAUGCCAGAAGGCUAUAUCGCAGUCGGUGAUGUGUUGGAAAAGAAAUCCUUCCUCAAACGGCCUCGUUCAAAGUCCUAUACAAAGGGAAGCUUUGAAAGUAUAGCUGAGGAAGACGAGGAAAGUGUCGAAGAUGUGAAGAAUAUUCGUAAGUCCAUAUGCUGUAAACCUUCUGUUAAGCUUCCGUCUCUACUGUCUCUUGGAGUUCCCGCUCCAGAUAUAUAUGAAGCUCACUGGCUUACGCUUCCUCUGUGGAAAUUUUAGUAAACAUAGUCGGUGGUUACGCUUUUUUUGGUCCCCGUGGGAUGCGUGCUCCCCCCCAAAGUUGGGAUCUAGGUAAUCUUUGCUUUUAUCAUAAAAGCAGUUGAAUACGUUUAACAACUUAUUUUUUUAGAAAUAACGCGACUGCAGCGAUGCAGUAGCAGUGAACCUUCCCUCCAUGGUAAUGAAAACAGUAGAGCUGGUCAAACUGAGGUAACAAGAAAGUUAUCGACACCAUCUUCAAGUUACAGAGCUGAACGUCCUUCUACACCAUUAACACCAAUGUCAUGGGCUUCCUCCACACCUUCUACUCCCUUUACACCUUCUACUCCCUUUACACCUGUUACUCCCCUAUCACCGUUCUGGUCACCUGCAUCCUCUAGUAACACACCAGGCAAGUGAUUAGCUACCUUGUACCUAGCCGCUUUCAAUUGCUACGCUGGUGCGUGAAGAUAGCGCUGGACGACACGCGUGGGAUGUGAGCUGCAAUUUCCACGCUCGCGUCACGCGACGGCGUAGCACACCAAAGCGCCUUUGUACGAAGGCGAGUGAUUGCCAUAACAUAACUAUUUACAUGUUUAGGAAUCAAAUAAGUAUAGUGUAUUCCCGACUACCAAAUAUUACAGGAUAUAGUAACUGUAACUCCUGUUUGCCAAAUACAAGAGUCACAGGGGGUUGAAUGGUUGAUAUAGGUACAAAUGAAUAUUCGAACUCGACAAAUAGCAAAUCGGUGUACAAUGGUUAACAAAUUUAGUAUUCAACAAAAUGGCCUUUGUAGAAGUCACGCAACGUAUUGUAGCCAAGUAGAAAUUCAAUACGGGUAGCAAAUUGUAGAAUAAACACGAUGUGGGACUUGUAGGUUAGGCGCAGUCGUAGAUUUGUAGGAUAAAUUGUAGAUAAGUUGUAGCACAAAUUGUAGCGUAAAUUGUAGCAUGAAUUGUAGGUUCGAACUGAAACAUGACAAUAAAAUAAACUACUUAACUAUGUUACUUAAUGCAUGCGAAAACUAACACACAAAUGUCAUUGACUAGCAAAACUAACAAGCACAUACAAUACUGUAAACUUACGUACUUUGGUUUACACUUGUACCAAACGAGUAGCGAUGAAUUCAAUAGCAGUUCUUCGUACAAAUACGUAGAAAUAUCCCUUUUUUAAAUAGCUUGUAGCAAUUACACGUCCUUACUCUGACGCAGUCACAACUUUACUAACUCACGCUAUCUAGUCUAUUAGGAACAUAUGGUAUAGCCGUUUCCGUCCUGGUAUCAAUCAAAUUAACAAAAUUAUUAACUAAAACAUAAUGAACUAUUUAUGAAGGACAAUGAACUAAUUUUAAGUAAGCAUUUCAAACCAACAGUAACAACAUGUAUUUAAGAGCGUUUUCGACUUGGCGUAGUCAUCAGAGCGAGCGCUUUUUACCUCUGAGAUCAUGGGAUCAUUCUCGCUACGGACUCAUGUGAGAAGAGUCUGUCAACGCUCUGCCGAACGUAGUGGGUUUUCUCCGGGCGCUCCGAUUUUCUCCCACAGGGAAAGUUGGCAGGGUGGGUUAGGAUAAACAUAGUUAGGGAAAUAAUAUCACGUUGUAAAAAUAAAUAGUCUAGACCAAGUGGGUAAUAUAAGUAAGCGUAUAAUGCUUGAUGCAAUCGGUCACUGAAAAGCCUCGAUAGGGUGUGAGCUGAAUAAUGAUGUAUAAAUGUGUAUAUUCGUGUAUUAGAUAGAUAGUGUUGGUGCAAGAAGACUUGAUGGUUGGGUAAAAAUCAUUUUCAAGUCCUUAAGGUUGGGUAAAUAAAAAUGUUCCACUGUAUUUAGUUUCUUUUCGGUAUACCAAUCCCGGGUAUGAAAAAUGAGCGGUCCUUAGUAAUGAUACAGAUCUUAGAAAAGAUUAACUAUUACAAUAUUCGGAGUUACUGUAUAAUGAUUUGAUCCUAAGCAUGCAAGUUUGAUUCCAGUAUUUUACUUCUGAAGUGUUUUCUUUGUGUAGACUUAUUUUCUGGUAUUCCCUGCGUUUAUUUUGAAACUGAAGUGAAUGAGUGCGGACGGCAUGCCAGGAAUCUUGGUUACUACUGCCUGAAGUCUGGCGAGAAUUGUUCGUGCGAGUUCUACGACGGUCAGACCAUGUCCUUUCCUUCGGACCUUCCCAAGAACUUCGACCUCGUACGAGCUCCGUCUGUGAUUGGCUGUGGCCUACUUUGGCCCGACGGAGUAUUCUUUACUUUGGAUGGUGUGUACAAUAACACCAUUUAUCCUUUCAGUCAGGUUGGGUUUGACGAAGGCGAGUGUCUGCCUUACAUUACUUAUUCUAAUAUGAAGGUGAAUUAUGGACAAGAGGAGUUCCUGAUGGAAAGAGCAAACGCUCCAGGACAACGUCUAGCCUCCGCACAGUUAUUGCAUUCCUUCUCUCGUAAUGUGCUUGAAAAGUUAACGUGA